AUGUAUGGAAACGACCUUAUCGGAGAGGUUAUUCCCGGCAGGAGGCCAAACAAGGUACCUCAGAUCGUCACCAAGCGAAAUCCUUGUAGUAUGAUAGGAACAUGGAAUGUCAGAACCCUGUUACAAACAGGGAAACUAGAAAAUCUUAAGAUUGAGAUGAAACGUCUCAAAAUUGAUAUUUUGGGAAUAAGUGAAAUGAGAUGGAAUGGUCAAGGUGACUUUAUAUCGGGAGAUUACAGAGUCAUUUACUCCGGUGGUGACAAUGGAAAUAAUGGAGUUGGCAUUAUUCUGAAUAAAAAAUGGACACAAUGUGUGAAAAGUUACAUAGCUUACGAUGAUAAAUUGAUAAUUGUAACGUUUGACUCUCCUCUAUGUGUCGGAUUGUCAAGUACCCGUAGAAGUUCAACUGGACAACUGCAAGAGAGGUGA